GAGGGGGAAACCCAGGAUGCCUCCCUGUUGCUCUUUAGCCUCUGGGUUGGAGUGGGGGAGGAGGGCUGGGAGCCGAGCCUUGGAACAGCCGCCAACCCCCGACCUGACCUGGCACCGGCUGGCUCCCCGAGUGAGCGUCACUUCGGGAUUUGUCUGGUGACUUCCCUAGCAGGCAGGGGUGUGUUAGGGGGAGUCCUCUUCCCGACUGUCGACAUGGUUAUCAAAGUGUUUGUUGCCACAUCUUCUGGGUCAAUAGCGAUAAGGAAGAAGCAGCAAGAAGUGGUGGGCUUUCUGGAAGCCAACAAAAUAGACUUUAAGGAACUGGACAUAGCUGGGGACGAGGACAACCGGAAGUGGAUGAGAGAGAACGUCCCCGGGGAGAAGAAGCCUCAGAAUGGGAUUCCUUUGCCUCCUCAGAUCUUCAACGAAGAGCAGUACUGCGGGGAUUUCGACUCCUUCUUCUCUGCAAAAGAAGAAAAUAUUAUUUAUUCAUUCCUUGGUUUGGCUCCCCCUCCAGGGUCAAAGGUGACAAAGUCUGAGGAAGCUGCUUCCCUUCCCAAUGGAGACGUGGCGGGAGAGGCAGAAGGUGCUGCAGAGGGGACAGAGAAGGCCGAAGGAAGUGGUGAGAAUGAGGCACAGCAAGAGGACAAGGAACCCCAAGAGAAGGCCGGAGAAGAGGGAGAAGAAGAGGGAGAGAGAACUACAGAAGAGACGGAAGAGGUAGCGGAGGAAGGAGCAGAGGGAGAGGCUGGAGAAGAGGAAGCCGAGGAAGAAGCAGGACAAGGGGAAGACUCUUAGGCCUUUCAGGCUGGUUCUGCAACUUUCCCAGAAUAUCGGAGCCACAAGGCCGCAUUUUCAACUCUCUCUCCACUAACUCGAUGAAAUCUUUGGCUCGAAGCCAGCGCCCUCCCCUCAGCAAACGUGGGUUCACCGAGGACUUCUGCGCAAGGUGUAUUUGGACUCCCCAUUCACUGUGUCAACAUGAGGCUACAUGUGAAGACCGCGUGCGCAACUGUGAGCGCACUGUGCCCACAAUUCCUGGUCUUUACUUAAGUUUCGCUCCUUUUGCUGUGCACAAGCAGACCUUCCCCUAACACUCUGCCGAGAGGCGUUUUACUGUGAUGUAGCAGGAGUAGCGUGUGCUCUGCGCACUGCUUGUCUUUAGGCUUGUCUUUCAAAACAAAGCGUUUCCCGGAGAGCAAUCACAAAUAAAGAUGGAUAGCAAUAGUC